AUGCGCAUCCCGCGCUACUUCGGUCACAAGGUCGAUCAGAAAGAAGACGGCUGGCGGGUCUGUUUAGCCAUGGCACGGCUACCAGGCGAAUGCCUGGAUUCUUGGCUGCGGCGUGCACCACCGCCCAACCAGGAUGGACCCAGCGCAGUGCGCCGUGGCUGUGCAUUGGCAAUGGCUCUGAUCAGGCAGCUCGGGCCAACACUCGAGCGGCUCGCACCCCACGCCUGGCACCGGGAUGUGAACUCGCACAACGUGCUCUUGAGCGACGCCCUGGACGGUGGCCGCUUGAUGCCUUGUGCCGAUGUGGAGGAGACCUCCAAGCGAGCGUGCUUUUGGCUUCUGGAUUUCGGCCUGGCUGUAGAUGCCGCCACCUGGCCGCAGCGCUGGCCGCACUCCGAUGUGGCAGGAGACUGCCGAUACUGGGCGGCGAGCUCCUUCGUCAUGAGCUUUUGUGGUCCUGAGGAGACGGCAGCGAAGAAGGACCUCUGCGCGCAAUACCGAACCAAGCUUGACGUCGUGGGUCUUGGCCUGACUGCCCUGGAGCUGCUGUGCAGCUCGGUGCUGGCCAGCCGCGAGUCCUGGAGCCCGGACGGCCUGCGCGGCUCCUGGGAGCGACUCUUGGAGACCUGGGAGAGGUACCGCGAUGACGUGACGCGAUGGCACACCAUGAUCUUCCAGGUCUUUGCCAAGGGAGGCGUACCGCAGGCACAUCGAACGCCGAACGCCAUGGGUGCGUCAACCAGCACACCCAGCACGGACUCGGAUCUGAGGCUCCUGAAGGCGCAGCCGGCGAGUUCCCGGUUGCGCCAGGAGGCCUUCGAGCGCCUGAGGCUCAAGUUUCUCACCCCCAUCGGGCCAAAGGAGCUGCUCGAGGCGAAGGCGCAGGUCGAGGCCUUGCGCUUCGCGCGCCUCUGGCCAGAGCCGCCCGAGGGUGCCACGCGCCUAGAUGCCGAGGUCCUGGCAGAUCGUGUACGGGGCGCUCUCUUUGGUGCAGCCUUGGGAGAUGCCGCUGGCCUGGCGACGGAGUUCCUCUCCGCGGCGGAGGCCAGGGAGUUUUACGGGCCAGAGGCGGAUUUUCGGCCCGGCCGGGCUCUGUUCCCGGAUGAACACCGGAUGAUGUGGUGUGCCGGGGACUGGACCGAUGACACCGACCAGCAGGUGCUGAUGAUGCAGUCGCUCCUGCACUCGGGUGGCAACGCCGAUGCCUGUGACUUUGCAUCUCGCCUGCUGUCCUGGCGGACAUCGGGCUUCCCAGAGUUGGGGGAUCAGUCGGCAGCGGGCCUGGGACAAACCACCAAAGCGGUUCUAAAUGAUCCAGACUUCGAGAAAUCCCCCCACAAAGCUGCAGCGGCGCACUCUGCAAGCAUCCCCUCCAACGGAGGAGUCAUGAGGACGGCGGUCGCGGGAAUUCCGAAUUUCUGGUGUGAAGACACCGUGGCAGCUGCGGCACAGACGUUCUGCCUCACCACGCAUGCGGAGCCCAGGUGCGUGGCCAGCUGCAUGGCGGUUGCACUUUGCGUGAGCCGACUUCUGCGUGGAGAGGAUCGGGGGGAUGCCGACAUGGUAAAGUCGGUGGUGCAGCCUGCUCUGCUCAAGGCUCAGGAGCUUCUUCCCUCCGAUGCGGAUCGGCAGGAGCUGCUGCGGCACGCGGAAGCUCGCGAGCUACGAGACCUAGCUUUGGACGAUCGAAAGACGAUCGGCUUCACGUUCAAGUGCCUUGGCUCCGGCCUCUGGGCUUUGAAGCAGGAAGGGGAGUCUCCGGAGCUCUUUCGCCGAGUGAUGAACGAGCUGAUCUUGGCCGGUGGAGACGCGGACACCAAUGGAGCCGUGGCCGGUGCGCUGCUUGGAUGUCGCCUGGGAUUCAGCCAACUGCCCUCGGAGUGGAUUGCUGGCAUGCCGUACAGUUCGUGGCUUGAGGCGUAUGUGCAGAAAGUCUUGUUCAUGCUCCGGCGAGGUCGAGGAAGCCCUGUCGUGCAGUCGUAG